AAAUUCUAGAUUAUUUUCCUUGUCUCCCUUGCCAACCUCUCCUUCUCUACCAAACCUUGACAUACAUCACCACAAUCAUUCCAUGGCUCCUCCAAGCAUAACCAAGAAUGCCCUGGAUGGAAUAGGGCUAGCUGAUGAUCAUGUAUUCAUGUCAAUAACCUUGAAAGGAACAAAUUUCCUUGCUAAUGGCCAACCAAUUCUCUCCAAUGUCCCUCAAAACAUUGUAGCCACCCCAUCACCGUUUUCUUCUCUAGACAAAUCCAAGGGCACAGUAGGAUGCUUUGUUGGAUUCGACACUGAGGAACCAAAAAGCCAACACGUAGUGUCCAUAGGCAAGCUCAACUGCAUAGGGUUCAUGAGCAUAUUCAGGUUCAAAGUCUGGUGGACCACCCACUGGGUUGGAAACAGUGGAAAAGACUUGGAGCAUGAGACUCAGAUGAUGAUGUUGGACAAAGAUGAGUCUGUACGUCCUUACGUUCUGCUCCUUCCACUUCUUGAAGGCCCUUUCAGGGCUUCUCUCCAGCCAGGAAUUGAUGACAAUGUAGACAUCUGCAUGGAAAGUGGGUCCACGCAGGUGUCUAGGUCUACUUUCCGGAGUUGCCUGUAUAUGCAUGUUGGUGAUGAUCCGUAUAAACUCGUCAAAGAGGCCAUGAAGGUGGCCAGGCACCAUCUGGGGACCUUCAAGCUUCUCGACGAGAAAACUCCACCAGGUGUCGUAGACAAAUUUGGUUGGUGCACUUGGGAUGCUUUUUACCUUAAUGUACACCCUAAAGGUGUUUGGGAAGGGGUGAAGGGCCUAGCUGAAGGUGGUUGCCCUCCUGGGAUGGUCCUUAUUGAUGAUGGGUGGCAGUCCAUUUGUCAUGACGAUGACCCCAUCAGCGAUAAAGAAGGCAUGAAUCGAACUUCAGCUGGUGAGCAAAUGCCGUGUAGGCUCAUAAAAAUGGAAGAAAAUUAUAAGUUUAGGGAGUAUGAAAGUAUUAAGUUAGGUAAUAAGAAGGGGAUGGGUGCCUUUAUUAGGGACCUAAAAGAAGAAUAUAAGACCAUAGAAUAUGUGUAUGUGUGGCAUGCAUUAUGUGGAUAUUGGGGUGGGAUAAGACCGAAAGUCCAAGGAAUGCCACCCGCGAAGGUAGUAACUCCUAAAUUGUCGCAGGGGUUGAAGAUGACAAUGGAAGAUUUAGCAGUAGACAAGAUUGUGAAUAAUGGGGUAGGCUUGGUCCCGCCGGAAGCAGUCCACGAGAUGUAUGAAGGACUUCAUUCUCAUCUUCAAUCGGUGGGGAUUGAUGGCGUCAAGGUUGACGUAAUCCAUUUGCUUGAGAUGCUGGCGGAGGAGUUCGGCGGACGUGUAGAUCUGGCCAAAGCUUAUUACAAGGCUUUAACUGCUUCUAUCAGGAAACAUUUCAAAGGAAAUGGCAUUAUCGCUAGCAUGGAGCACUGUAAUGACUUCUUUUUCCUUGGAACAGAGGCCAUUUCACUUGGUCGUGUUGGUGAUGAUUUCUGGUGCACUGACCCCUCAGGCGAUCCACAUGGGACCUAUUGGCUUCAAGGUUGCCACAUGGUGCACUGUGCCUACAACAGCUUGUGGAUGGGCAAUUUCAUACAACCCGAUUGGGACAUGUUCCAAUCAACUCAUCAAUGUGCUGAAUUCCAUGCCGCAUCUCGAGCUAUAUCUGGUGGACCCAUUUAUAUAAGUGACUCAGUCGGACAACACAAUUUCAAGUUGCUAAAGAGCCUUGCAUUGCCUGAUGGAUCCAUCUUAAGAUGCCAACACUAUGCUCUCCCAACAAGAGAUUGCCUAUUUGAAGACCCUUUGCAUGAUGGGAAAACAAUGCUCAAGAUUUGGAACCUCAACAAAUUUACAGGAGUUUUAGGACUGUUCAACUGUCAAGGGGGUGGAUGGUCCCGUGAAUCUCGAAGGAAUGAGAGUGCCUCUCAGUUUUCAGCCAGGGUAGGCUGUUUUGCAAGCCCUAAAGACGUGGAAUGGAGCAAUGGCAAGAACCCUGUUUCGGUGGAUGGUGUGAGCAUCUUUGCUGUAUACAUGUACCAGAAAAGGGAGCUAAUGCUGAUGAAACCAUCAGAUAAAGUAGAGGUUUCACUUGAGCCGUUCAAUUACGAGCUACUUACAGUUUCCCCUGUGACACUAUUACCAAGAAAGAACAUCCACUUUGCUCCCAUCGGGCUUGUGAACAUGCUUAAUACCGGUGGUGCAAUUCAGUCGACGGUGUUGGGUGAUGGUGAAAAUCUGGUAAGGAUUGGAGUAAAAGGAAGUGGAGAAAUGAGGGUGUACGCUUCAAAGAAGCCGAUGGCCUGCAAAAUUGAUGAGACACUGACCGAGUUCAAUUAUGAAGAGCAGAUGAUCACGGUUCACGUUCCAUGGCCGCUAAGUUCUUCAAGCUUAUCAAUUGUGGAAUACCUGUUUUAACUUUCAAGCACCCAGAAACCAGAGCAUGUUUUAAAUGCAAAAAAAUAAAAAUAAAAUAAAUAGAAUGAAAAGAAGAA